AUGGCAACUCCACACCCUGCUGCUGCAUCUUAUGCUGCUGCAGAUGGCGUUACAGACCUCCAGACUGGGAUGAGGAUGGUCCGAAAUGUAGAUUUUAUGGGCGCUGUAAUCACCGUCAUGGUAGGCGACAUAACUGCCGUCCCUGGAAUCAUAGUCACCACACCUUCGACAGAUUUCCGCGUCAACGGCACAGGUGUAGACGCUCGUGUCCACGCUGUGGCUGGCUGGAAGUUGCGUCUGGAGCUGACUCUGAACUGGACAGGCGGCGAGAUCGGGCAGGCUUACCAGACUGGUGGAUGGGAUAUGGAGCCAGCCUGCCCACUGAUUCUGAAUGCUGUUGGCCCGGAUUACGGCGUUGCGAUACAAGCGAAUGACGAGAAUGUCACUGCAAUUAUGGAGGAAGAUUUACGCCGCACGUAUGUCGCCGCCUUGCAAACGCUGUUGGAUAAUGGCAAUGAAGAUUGGAAGGUCAUUGUGUUUCCUCUCAUAUCAGUGGGUGAAUAUCAGUUCCCUCCGGAGAAAGCUUGCGAGAUUGCUUUGAAGACUGUUCGAGAUUGGUUGAGGAGACCGGAUUCGAACAACAUUUCUCGAGUCAUUUUUGUGGUUCCUGGGGAUGAUGCAUCUGACAGUGAGAACAUCUACGCCGAUUAUGUGCCUUCAUUCUUUGCCGUUGCCCCCCGAGCAGCCGGUGCCACUCCAGCAGCCGAAACCCCAGCAGUUGCCCCUCGAGCAGUCGCUCGUCGAACAAUCGCCCGUCCAGCAGCCGCCCGUCCAACAGUCAUCCGUUCAACGGUCACCCCUUCAGUAGUUGAAACUAGAACCCCAUGCAACGCUCCCCUCCGAACCGGGGCUCGAUGCCCCGUCACCGUCACCCGCACAGCCGACGGCCUCCCAAGGUGGUGUCCCAGACACGAACGAGCCGCCAGUCCGCCUCCCCGUACCACCGCCCUCUCGGAAGCGUCCCGAUCGCCGACUCCUGAACCCGUGGCUCCGGCAACUCGCUCCCGCGCCCCAAGUCCUACCGAUGGUGUCCCCGGUGUUUGCGGCGCCAUCAUACCCAUGGACCUCCCUUGCGCCGUGGUCGUGAUCCGCAACAACGGUCUACCGGCAUUUUGUCCGCUCCACGAGGAAGGAGCAAUUACUCAGCCUUCAUCUCCAGGUAAUGAUCAAGUUGUCAACACAGCUUCACCAUCAGACAAUGGUCAGAUUGUCUCCACGCCUGCAUCCCCAAACGAUAACCAAGUUAUCCGCUCACCAUCCCCAUCAGACAACAAACAGGAACCCGCAUCAGAUAAUGGACAAGUUAUCCAAUCACCUUCCCCAUCAAACAACGGCCAGGCGCCUGCAUCCCUAGACAACGGACAACAUCUCUAUCUUCAUCUGACCUUGCUCCUCCACCUCGAUCAUCAUCAUCCUCAUCCGCGGCUCCACCUUCUACCUCCUCCUCCUCCUCCCGCCUCUCCCAAAGAGGUAGAAGGAGAGGUGGACAGCGCGGCAGGGCCAAGAGAGCGAAGAGAGCGAAGGUAG